UGUAGGCGUUGUUAAUUGACGUUGUUGAGUAAUUUACCAUGCCUGAGCCAACGAAGUCGGCGCCCGCCCCGAAGAAGGGCUCCAAGAAAGCCGUGACCAAGGCGCAGAAGAAGGACGGCAAGAAGCGCAAGCGCAGCCGCAAGGAGAGCUACUCGGUGUACGUGUACAAGGUGCUGAAACAGGUCCAUCCCGACACCGGCAUUUCCUCCAAGGCCAUGGGCAUCAUGAACUCGUUCGUCAACGACAUCUUCGAGCGCAUUGCUGGCGAGGCGUCGCGCCUGGCGCACUACAACAAGCGCUCGACCAUCACGUCCCGGGAGAUCCAGACGGCCGUGCGCCUGCUGCUGCCCGGGGAGCUGGCCAAGCACGCCGUGUCCGAGGGCACCAAGGCCGUCACCAAGUACACCAGCUCCAAUAUCCUGUGGAACAAAUUUUAUUGUCUUCCUUCUUUUAAAGUUGAGGAAAUUAAAUGAGGAUGGACUACACAGAAGUCGCAGCUACUAUCCUGUCUUGUUUGACUGCAAAGACUGAGCUGUGAACUGUUCUCCAAAAUAAUCGUACCGUCCCUGAAAAGAAAAUCUCUACUACACUGUAAAGUGAAAUACCUCAAAUUCUGUCAAAUUUCAAUAAAAUUUCUUUCAUUGA